AUGGAGAUUGCAAGGCUGGAAACCUUUUUAUGAAUAUUUGGUAUUUCACUCGAUAACUUUUUAAUAGCUAAUUCUCAAAUGUUUAUAGAAAUUAUUUCUUUUCCCAAUUUUAAGGCUUCAUCUAAUUCGUUGAGAAAUAGCAAUUCUUUGCUUGAGUUUCCAUAUGGUCAGUAUCUAACUAUUGCUUCAACUCAUGAAUUUGCAAAUUCACUAUGAAUUCUUUAG